AUGGCUACCGAAGUCGGCUGUUGUAACGAGCCCAUAUUUUUUGUUUUAGGUGCCACAGGGAGUGGAAAGUCCCUCGCCGCGGUGAAAGUUGCACAGACACUACAGCAUCAUUCUGGAUAUGAGCGUGUUAUAGUUGUGAACUGUGAUGUUAUGCAGUUUUACGCCGAUCUUCCGAUUGCAACAAAUAAGAUCUCUUCGGCUGAAAUGGAGGGCAUUCCUCAUUUUUUCAUGGGCUUUCUUUCUCCAAAGGGGGUGAAGAUCAGAGACCCUACAGUGGCCUAUAAGGGGUGUGACAGAGAGAAAUGUGGUGCCACAGCUGAGAGAGGAAAACAAGAGUUGUACAAUGUUCACUCAUACGUGCGCGAUGCUGUGGAUUUCAUUAGAAAUUUUUUCCAGGAAAAUCCCUUCGGUGCCGUUGUUGUUUGCGGUGGGACGUGCUACUACGCCCAGGCGCUUAUGUUUGACAACGUCUUAACUGAAGAGGAUCUUGACGAUUCUCUUUUUCCGGAUUCUAGUGUGGCCUCUUCCUCGUGUGUAGAAAAUCGCGAAGGUGAUGGGCUUUGGAAAGAGCUUGCCCAAGUUGAUCCUGUCGUUGCGGUUCGAUAUCACCCUAACGAUAAAAGACGUAUUAGUCGACUUAUUGAGAUUUAUAAAAAAACAGGACGGCCACCGUCAGAAAUAUAUGCUACAAGGCCCAGUCCUUGUUUUCGCUUCAGUCCGGCGAGGUGCUUCGUUUUGUGGCCAUGUGUCACGUUUGAAAAACUUAGGACGAUGUUGGACAAAAGAGUGGAUAAAAUGGUCGAAAGGGGUAUUGUUCAAGAAUUUAUUGAGUUUGCUCAAACACAAGUAAAAAGUGACCUUGAUGUUGGGUUGGCCAAGGCUAUUGGGUUCAAAGAGUUUCUCCCUGCAUUUGACGUUAUAAACGGUGAGUUCCGGUUAAAAGAGGACGUAGAAUUAAAAAAAUCUAUUGAAUUACUGAAAACGAACACAAAAAGAUAUGCCCGACAGCAAAUUCAGUGGAUAAAAAACCGUUUUCUUGGUCAGCUUCGAGACGUUUUCACGUCCACACAAGGCACUCGCCAGUUUGUAUGCGUUGAUGCUUCAAAUACAGAGUCAGAGUUUAUUGAAACUGUUGAGAGUGCAACGAAGCUUUUGGUAACCUUCAAUUUGCAACAAGGUAAGAAUUUAACCUUUCCGCUAAAUCAAAUCCGGGAGCCGUUGGUAUCCGUCAAACAAGAAUGGUGCCACUUAUGUGAGAUGUUUGUGUGUGGAGGUGAAAAAAUGAGGUUGCAUUUAGCAUCAAAGCGUCAUCGAGGUGCUGUGAAACACGUUGCGUUAGUAAAAGAACAGCAGGAAAAGUAUGGCCGUGUGAUUCCACCGAAAAGACGCCGUUUAUCUUGA